AUGGAAUCGGAUUCAGCUUCUGAUCAUGAUGAGGACUCCAAAGAAAGAGGUCCAACAACAAAAGUAAAAGCUAAUAAAGUGAAACUUAUAGUAACUUACAAUAAAAAAGAUGUCACAGUUGGAAAGGAAGCCAUAAAACUGUCUACUUUUGAGGGUUUGGUUGCAAGAACAAUGGUUCGCAUAACCUAUGAGUCUUUGUUGGAAGUUAGUGAUGAAGUAAAGGAAGAGUUAUGGCAAUAUGUUUUGGUAAAUGCAAGAAACCAUCAAUACGAAGAGGAGAUUGAUAGGGCACGAUUGUGCAAAAAAGCAAGAGAGUUGAAGAUAAGAGGAUACGAAUCAGAUGUGAAGAUGAAUGUUGAUAAAAUUGAUGAGCUGCAUAAAUCAAGAAGCAUUGGAGUGGUUACAUGUGGAACACAUGAUAUGCUUACAGAGGCCUUGGAUACCCAGGAACAAUGUGGGCAUGUACGAGGAAUGGGUAAAUUUAUAACACCACUAAAAUACUUUUAUUUACCCAAGAAUGUUAAGUACUACUUGGAGAUUGAGAAUACGAGGAUCGAUAAACGAAUCAACAAACUUGAAGAUGACUUGGAGAAACUAAAAAGAGAUGUACUUAAUGUUUCUAAAUCCGCAAGUUGCCAAGUAUGGGGUGUCAUUGAAGAUCUUGAAAAGGAACCACGGGAUGAAUCACGUGGAAAUGUGGCGGAGAAACCUGUGAAAAAAACAUGCAACACCAGUGAAGAAAGAUGCAACACCAGUGAAGGAAGUUACACAUACAUAACUUGGGAUGAUUUUGAAGCGGUUUUUACAAUGGAUGAGCUGAUUGGUGCUGUUAUUGUGCCUUAUAUGGUGGUGUUGUUUAACAAAAUGAAGUAUGCCCCCCAAGAAAGAGAUCAUGGAAUUUGCUUUGUGAACCCGACAUUAAUCUCGCCAAGAACGGGUAAAGGGAAAUCUAAGAAUAUUGACAAUGCAAGCAGAGGUUUAGCAGAUCGUUUGUCUAGUAGAAAGUCCAAUGACAUCAUCUUUAUCCCUACAAUCCCGGAAGACAUUAGGUAUUGGGUGUACUAG